CUGCGCAUGUGCAACAGGCGCGCGGAAGCUGUUUGUGCGCAGGCCGGAAGUCGCAACGUCCUUUCUGCUCGCGGACUGCCAUCAUGGUGUUCAAGCGCUUCGUCGAGAUCGGCCGCGUCGCCUACGUCUCUUUCGGACCCCAUGCUGGCAAGCUGGUGGCCAUCAUCGAUGUCAUUGACCAAAAUAGGGCCCUGAUCGAUGGCCCCUGCACGGGGGUGAAGAGGCAAGCCAUGCCCUUCAAGUGCAUGCAGCUCACUGACUACGUGAUCAAAGUACCACACAGUGCCCGCCAGAAGUUUGUGAAGAGGGCCUGGGAGAAGGCCCAAGUCAACGAGAAGUGGACACAGAGUAGCUGGGCCAAGAAGAUCGAGGCCAGACAAAAGAGGGCCAAGAUGUCCGACUUUGAUCGCUACAAGGUGAUGAAGGCCAAGAGAAUGAGGAACAAGAUCAUCAAGCAUGAGGUGAAGAAGCUCCAGAAGGAGGCAGCAAAGAAGUGAUCGGUGUCCUAAAAAAUAAACUUUCUGAAUUGGUCA